UAUGAAAAAUGUCUGCCCGAAAACUUAAAACUAGUUGUAUUGCCAAUUGAUUGUGUCGCCUCUUCCUCCUAAAACCCUAGCCAACUCUCUGUUGGCUUCACGACCUAGGGUUUCUGGCUUCCUCUAAACCUCUCCAUGGAAGGAUUCGAAUUUGAUGCACCACCGCCGUACACGGCGGCCGACGAGACCGAUGACUUCUGCAACUCAAUCAUCACUCGAUUCAGCUCCUCCACGGAGGACCACCACCACCGCCUCUGCGCCAUCAUCGGCGCAAUGUCUCAGGAGCUCAAAGACCAAAAGCUCCCUCUCACUCCCGUCGCUUACUUCGGCGCCACUUGCUCCUCCCUCGACCGCCUCUCUGCCGAGGCUGAGCCGCCCAGUCACGUCGUCGAAGCCCUCCUCACUAUUCUCUCCACCGUUAUUACCCAUAUCUCUGCCGCCAUUUUGAAGAAGAAAAGCGAGUAUGUGUCUGAGCUUCUUGUUCGUAUUCUGCGUUCGAAAUCGAUCACUCCUGGUGCGGCUGUGUCUGGUUUGAAAUGUGUUUCGCAUUUGCUGAUCAUCAGAGAGAAGGUCGCGUGGUCCGAUUUGUCUUCGCUUUAUGGAUUUGUUCUAGCUUAUGUUACUGAUGACUGUCCCAAGGUCAGGAGGCAGUCGCAUAUGUGUCUCCGUGAUGUCCUGCUUAGUUUUCAAAGAACAUCAGUGCUGGCACCUGCAAGUGAAGCCAUCACAAACGUCUUUGAAAGGUUUCUGCUACUUGCUGGUGGAUCAAAUGCAAGUUCUUCAGAAAGGCCCAAAGGAGCUCAGGAGGUCUUAUAUAUUCUGGAUGCUCUUAAAGAUUGUCUUCCUCUUUUAUCCUUGAAGUUCUCUACUAGCAUUCUGAAGUACUUCAAAUCUCUAUUGGAACUGCGGCAACCGCUUGUUACCAGGCGCAUAACAAACAGUUUGAAUGCACUUUGUCUCCACCCAACAGUAGAGCUUUCUCCUGAAGUGCUGCUUGAUCUGUUAUGCUCAUUAGGUCUUUCUAUCUCUGCAAAUGAGAUGUCUGUGGAUGACAUGACGUUCACCGCUAGGCUGCUUGACAUUGGGAUGAAAAAGAUUUAUUCUCUGAACAGGCAGAUUUGCAUAGUCAAACUCCCUCCCAUAUUCAAUGCACUUAGAGAUAUUUUGGCAUCUGAACACGAGGAGGCCUUAUUUGCAGCCACAGAAGCCUUCAAGAGUGUAAUACAUGCAUGUAUUGAUGUAACUUUGAUCAAACAGGGAGUGGAUCAGAUUAUAGCAAGUGUAAAUGUUGACACAAGAAAGUCUAGGCCAACUAUCAUUGAAAAAAUUUGUGCAACUAUUGAAAAUUUACUUGAUUAUCGCUAUUCUAUGGUCUGGGACAUGUCGUUUCAAGUUGUUUCAACAAUGUUUGACAAAUUAGGUGUAUAUUCUCCUUACCUAUUGAAGGGAACACUUGAGAACUUGGCAGAUAUGCAGAAAUUGCCAGAUGAAGACUUCCCUCACAGAAAGCAGCUGCAUGAAUGCAUUGGAUCAGCCCUUGGUGCCAUGGGUCCUGAAACAUUUUUAAGUAUCCUACCUCUUAAGCUAGAGGCUGAAGAUCUAUCCGAGGCUAAUGUUUGGCUCUUUCCAAUUUUGAAACAAUACAUGAUCGGUGCUCGUUUAGGCUUCUUUACAAAGUCAAUUUUGGCUAUGGUUGGAAUUGUAAAGAAGAAAUCUCAAAUGCUUGAGCGCGAAGGAAAGAUUUAUUCAUCAAGGAGUGUUGAUGGACUCGUAUACUCUCUAUGGUCCUUGCUGCCAUCCUUUUGCAAUUACCCCUUGGAUGUUGCUGAAAGCUUCAAGGACUUGGAGAAAACCUUGUCCCGUGCUCUUCGUGAGGAACCUGAUGUACAUGGAAUAAUAUGUUCUAGUCUGCAGGUCCUCAUUCGGCAAAAUAAGACAAUUGUGGAAGGAAAAGAUGUUCUAUCUGGUAUUGAAGUAAGCAUUCCCAGACAACAAGCUAUGACCCGUUAUACCCCACAGGUUGCAGCUGAUAAUUUGAGUGUGCUGAGGUCAUCUGCUCGUGAGUUAUUAUCUGUCUUAUCAGGAAUCUUCCUGAAAUCCUCAAAUGAUGCAGGUGGAUGCUUGCAGACCACAAUUGGUGAAUUUGCUUCAAUAUCUGAUAAAGCAGUUGUCACAAGGUUCUUCAAGACUACAAUGCAGAAGCUCUUAAAAGUGACUCAAGAAGCUAGCAAAGCAGAAAGCUCCCGAAGUUCUAAUCAGAUGCAGAUGGACAAUUCAUCGAAUGAAAAUUCACUGUCACUAGCAAGGGCACAGUUGUUUGAUUUGGCAGUGGCAUUUUUGCCUGGUUUAGAUGCAAGCGAGAUUGAUCUAUUGUUUAUUGCAGUAAAACCGGCAUUAAAGGAUGUUGAAGGUUUCAUCCAAAAGAAGGCAUACAAAGUUCUCUCUUCUAUUCUCAUGAAUUCUGAUGGAUUUCUUUUAAGAAAGCUCGAGGAGUUGCUUAAUCUGAUGAUUGAUGUGCUGCCUUCAUGUCAUUUUUCGGCCAAACGUCACCGGCUUAAUUGUUUGUACUUCCUAAUUGUUCAUGCCUCCAAGGAUGAAUCGGAGCAGAUGCGGCGCAACAUCAUUAGUUCUUUCUUAACUGAAAUUGUACUUGCACUGAAAGAGGCUAACAAAAAAACGAGGAACAAAGCUUAUGAUAUACUUGUCCAAAUUGGCCAUGCUUGUGGAGAUGAAGAGAAAGGUGGAAAAAGGGAAAACUUGCAUCAAUUUUUUAACAUGGUAGCUGGAGGCCUGGCUGGCGAGACCCCUCAUAUGAUCAGUGCGGCAGUGAAAGGCUUAGCUCGCUUGGCUUAUGAAUUUUCUGAUCUAGUUUCAGCUGUUUAUAAUGUUCUCCCAUCUGCAUUUCUCCUCCUUCAGAGAAAAAACAAUGAAAUAGCUAAAGCUAAUCUAGGUCUUUUGAAGGUAUUGGUGGCUAAAUCACAAGCUGAGGGGUUGCAAAUGCACUUAAAGGGCAUCGUGGAAGGUCUGCUGAAGUGGCAAGAUAGCACCAAGAGCCUUUUUAAAGCUAAGAUUAAGGUUCUCCUUGAAAUGCUAGUCAAGAAAUGUGGUUUGGACGCUGUUAAGGCUGUAAUGCCUGAAGAGCACAUGAAACUUCUCACUAAUAUACGAAAGAUCAAGGAACGGAAAGAAAGGAGAGUUGCUGCCAACUCUGAGGAAAGUAAAAGUCAUCAGUCAAAAGCAACUACAUCCAGGCUGAGCAGGUGGAAUCAUACAAAAAUAUUUUCUGAUUUUGGUGAUGAAGAAACUGACAGCAAUCCAGAAACAGUUUCUGGUCGACGGAGCAAGGCUUCCGCACUGUUGACAUCCGAAGCAUCUUCACUCCGGUGCAAGAGAACUCGUAAAGCAGUCAAGAGCUUGCCAGAAGAUUUGUUUGACCAAUUCGAAGAUGAGCCACUAGACUUGCUUGACCGGCAAAAGACAAGGUCAUCUCUGCAAUCAUCUGAGCAUCUCAAACGGAAGGCAGAUUUGGAUGAUGAGCCAGAGAUAGACUCCGAAGGACGACUAGUAAUACGUUUGGGAGGGAAGGAAGAUGAACAGAAGAGGGAGAUGUCACCUGAUCCUGAAUCUGAUGGAAGGAGUCAAGCAGGUAGUCACGUGUCGAUGAACUCACAGAGAGGUCAAAAGCGUAGGAAAACAUCAGACACUGGGUGGUCUUACAUGGGAAGCGAGUAUGCUAGCAAGAAGGCAUGCGGGGACGUGAAGAGGAAGGGCAAGUUCGAGCCAUAUGCAUAUUGGCCACUUGAUCGGAAAAUGAUGAGCCGUAGACCAGAGCAAAGGGCAGCUGCAAGGAAAGGUAUGGCAAGUGUGGUGAAGAUGACAAAAAAUCUUGAAGGCAAGAGUGUGUCUAGUGCACUUUCUCUCAAAGGGUCCAAGUUUAAGAAGACUAAAAAGAAAGUCACCCAGAAGAAAAGCAGGAAAUGAUUUUGAGUUUUAUUUUCCAAAAUUAUCAGAUUACCAACUACUCACAAUGAAGAAUGGGGUUCAUACUCGUACGGUGUGGAUCUUACACUUCGUUUGUAAGUAGUUGAUAAUUUAGUUUUGUAAUUUAUUUAGGGGUCUCUAGGACUCUUAUAUAUCGAUCAGAUGGUUGGUGGAGAGAUACAAGGCUAAGUUGGUAAUUUUAUAUUCUUUUCGUGUAUAGAGGUUAAUGGUACAAGGUUACUAAGCCAAUUUUCUCAAUUGUGUAAUUUGAUUUUGGAUCUCAUAUGUGAGUGAGCAUCCUAUUCAUAAACCACUACUGUUUUGGUUAAUGAUAAUGAUUUUUGAGUAUUUGUAGUUCA